ACUUGUAUACGCAACAACGGUCGAGCCAAGUCGCAGUGUUUACCCUAUAAUCAACUGUCAGUGAAUUGGUGCUUCAAUCGAUAAAGGUCACCUUGAAACGUCAAAGUGUGUCACCUUGGUUGCUACUGAGCGGACAUACAAAAAGACGAUUUUCUCUUUUCUCCGCUAAAAUUUCGCAAAUUUUGGAUAAAUUUUCGUAAUUGUUAUAUCGAGUGACUCAAAGUGUGGAAGUUCCAGUGCGUGCUAAAAGACAUAGGCCAACGUACGUGCUUCCAAAUCUUAGUACCUCAUUGAGUGUUACACAAACGGCUUAUAAAUCGGCGAAUGCAAACGGUAUAGAGAGUACUUGCUGAUAAUAGAUGAGAAUUGUUUAAUCUGGAGUCAAUUGGUUGCUAAAGAGAAGAAAAUAGACCGUUGAAAUUGAAACACAGUUUGAAAUAGACAAAGCGUGUAGGUUUGUGUGACGAUAUAACUAAUAUAGUUAAUUGUGAUUAAAGCGGAAAGAGGAUUAUAAAAAUGCCAAACGAACGUUUCAUUGAGCGUGGCUCGCAUAAGGGCAAGGGACUUGCAGUCUUCACCAGUGGUGGCGACUCACAGGGUAUGAAUGCUGCAGUGCGUGCUUGCGUGCGUAUGGCUAUCUACUUGGGAUGCAAGGCCUACUUUAUUCGUGAAGGCUACCAAGGUAUGGUAGACGGUGGUGACAAUAUUGUCGAAGCUAAUUGGGCAUCUGUUUCCUCUAUUAUUCAUCGGGGUGGUACUGUGAUUGGAUCUGCACGUUGUGCGGAGUUUCGUGAGCGCGCUGGCCGUCGAAAAGCGGCAUACAAUUUGAUUCAAAAAGGUAUCUCCAACUUGGUGGUAAUCGGUGGUGAUGGUUCUCUUACUGGUGCAAACUGCUUCCGUAAUGAGUGGUCCGGUUUGUUGGAUGAGCUGUUGGAGUCUAAGAAGAUUACCCCAGAGCAGCGAAAAAAGUUCGACGUCUUACAUAUUGUAGGCAUGGUGGGUUCCAUUGACAAUGACUUUUGUGGCACCGAUAUGACUAUUGGUACUGAUUCCGCUUUACAUCGCAUCAUUGAGGCUAUUGAUGCUAUUGUGAGCACCGCCUAUUCGCAUCAACGUACUUUCAUUAUGGAAGUGAUGGGUCGUCAUUGUGGUUAUUUGCCUGUAGUUACCGGUAUUAUUUCCGAAGCUGAUUAUGUAUUCUGUCCUGAAUCGCCGCCACCAUUCGACUGGCCCGAACGUCUAUGCAAUAAGCUAAUACAGGAGCGUAAUGCAGGCCAGCGCUUGAAUAUUAUAAUCGUCGCCGAGGGUGCCAUCGAUCGCGAGGGCAAUCCCAUUACUGCAGAGGAUGUGAAAAAGGUUGUUGUCGACAAGUUGCAGCAGGACACUCGCAUCACUGUGCUUGGUCAUGUGCAACGCGGUGGCAAUCCCAGCGCAUUCGAUCGUGUUUUGGGUUGCCGUAUGGGCGCAGAGGCUACACUAGCCCUCAUGGAAGCCACCCCAGAUUCGGUGCCAUGUGUUGUCUCCUUGGAUGGCAAUCAAGCGGUACGUGUGCCGUUGAUGGAAUGCGUUGAACGUACUAAAGAGGUCGCUCAGGCAAUGGCUGACAAGAACUGGGAAUUGGCGGUGAAAUUGCGUGGACGUUCAUUCGAGCGCAACUUAGAAACUUACAAGAUGUUGACGCGCCUGAAGCCACCAAAAGAGUCCCUCGACAGCGCAAGGCCGGGCUAUCGCAUGGCAGUUAUGCAUAUUGGCGCACCCGCUUGUGGCAUGAAUGCGGCUGUACGCAGCUUUGUGCGUAACUGCAUUUAUCGUGGCGACACUGUCUUUGGCGUGCACGAUGGUAUUGAAGGUCUUAUUGCCGGAAAUAUUAAGGAAAUGGGCUGGUCUGAUGUUACUGGCUGGGUAGGUCAAGGUGGCGCUUUUCUGGGCACCAAGCGUACGCUGCCGGAGGGCAAGUUCAAAGAGAUUGCCGCACGCUUGAAGGAGUUCAAAAUCCAAGGUUUGCUUGUUAUUGGCGGUUUCGAGGCUUACCACGCAUGCGGUCAAAUCUCCGAUCAACGUCCCAAUUAUCCCGAAUUCUGCAUCCCCAUGGUGGUUGUUCCUUCGACUAUUUCGAAUAAUGUUCCCGGCACCGAGUUUUCGCUCGGUUGCGAUACUGGUCUGAAUGAGAUAACUGAAAUUUGCGAUCGCAUUCGCCAGUCAGCACAAGGCACAAAGCGUCGUGUGUUUGUUAUUGAAACUAUGGGCGGCUAUUGCGGUUAUUUAGCCACGUUGGCUGGCUUAGCUGGUGGCGCUGAUGCAGCGUACAUUUAUGAGGAGAAAUUCUCAAUUAAAGAUUUGCAGCAGGACGUCUAUCACAUGGCCUCCAAAAUGGCUGAAGGUGUGCAACGUGGUUUGAUUUUGCGCAAUGAAAAGGCUUCUGAAAACUACAACACCGAUUUCAUUCAUCGCCUGUACUCUGAGGAGGGCAAGGGACUAUUCUCGUGCAGGAUGAAUAUUUUAGGUCACAUGCAACAAGGUGGCUCACCAACACCAUUCGAUCGUAAUAUGGGCACCAAGAUGGCAGCUAAAUGCGUUGAAUGGUUGAAUACGCAAAUCAAAAAUAAUACCAAACCAGAUGGUACUGUGCGUUGUGAAAGCACUGAUUCGGCUUGUCUGCUCGGUAUUGUACGUCGCCAAUACCGUUUCACACCAUUGGCCGAUUUGAUUGCUGAAACCAACUUUGAGCAACGCAUCCCCAAGACACAGUGGUGGUUGAAAUUGCGCCCACUCUUGAGAAUUCUAGCUAAACAUGACUCUGCCUACGAGGAGGAGGGUAUGUACAUUACUGUCGAAGAGGAAUGUGCUACCGAUGCUGUUGCUUAAUUAUUGGCUACAUUCAAAAAUCAAUCUUGUAGCAAGCGAACAACAUAAAUGCAUAUACAAAUGUUGCUCAUAUUAAAUUAUCGCCAGUUGAAUUAAAUUUAAAUUACCGAAUGCGUUAAGGCUUGAGAAACAUAUUCAUGAAGAAAAUAAAUACAAAACCAAUAAUAAUUGUAAACCCGCUUACAUUUUAUAUCAUCACAUGGUGCUUCGUUGAAAAGGCUAAGUGCUUCAUAAUUAUUAUUUAAAUACUUAUACUUUUACCAUACCAUACACACAUGCAUACAUUCUAAUGUAAUUAAAAUACAAUUAAUAAUGCUAUAAAAUGAAAGAAAAAAUUGCACUUGACAGCUGUUAACAUAAACUCAGGUUCUAGGACAAUUACAAUUGUACGCGAAUUCCGUUAAGUGUUGAGAAUCAGUAAGAAAAUAAGAGAAAUUGUUCAUAAGUACAACAUAAAAUGAAAAUAAUAUUUUUUAUUGCAUUGAAAUUUAUAUUAUUUUGCUUUAAUAGAUUUUUUUUUUAAAUAAAAUUUAUUUAUUUGUUUUUAAUUUAUAUUUAGUUAUAACGCCUUUCGUUUAGCCACGCUCCUUGUGCGAGUAUCGGGCACCCAAUGUAUUAUUAUGAUAAUGUUUUUCUUUGAUAAGUUUGUUGUAACGUUGCAAAUGAACGAAGUAUAUUUGAUAUUAAACUGUAGUUCCAUUAUUGAUCAAAAUUAUUAAAUAUUGUAUAGAAAAAUUCAAAGAAAUUUUAAUAUUCAUUAAUAAAUGUAUAACAACAUUCUUAUUUGAUCAGAUAUUAAUCAUAUAGCUUCAUUAAUUUGGCGCUACGCAAGUAGGGUAAAUAUUCACUCAUAGUCACACACACGCAUAUAUACAAUACAUCACAAUCCUGUUUAUAAACAUAUAACAAAAUAUAAUUAAUAGUUGUUUGUUGUUAUUGUUGUUGAUGUGAACUUCUUGUGCAGACUAACUCUAAAGGAUUAUAUGGUGCAAGUACCCACCGUUACAACCAAAUAUGCACAACUUAUUUACCCAUGACCACAACGACUGCAUAUAGGAACAAAAAUAUCUAAAAAUAUCUGAAUGUUACCCAGUAAUCUCUCUGUUUACUAUAAGUUUAUAUAAAUAUAAACUUAAUAAAUUAUCGAAAUACCUAACACUGUCAUUUAUAUCGAAGAAGAAAUUCAAUAAAGCGCAACAAUGUGCUUUAUUCAUCAAAUAUUAUAUCAAUAUUUUAAUGUAAAUGUAAAAUAAGAAAAGUGGAGAACAUAUUGUAACCACCAGCCACA